AUGGAUUUCCUGCUGCUCGGUCUCUGUCUACACUGGCUGCUGAGGAGGCCCUCGGGGGUGGUCUUGUGUUUGCUGGGGGCCUGCUUUCAGAUGCUGCCCGCCGCCCCCAGCGGGUGCCCGCAGCUGUGCCGGUGCGAGGGGCGGCUGCUGUACUGCGAGGCGCUCAACCUCACCGAGGCGCCCCACAACCUGUCCGGCCUGCUGGGCUUGUCCCUGCGCUACAACAGCCUCUCGGAGCUGCGCGCCGGCCAGUUCACGGGGUUAAUGCAGCUCACGUGGCUCUAUCUGGAUCACAAUCACAUCUGCUCGGUGCAGGGGGACGCCUUUCAGAAACUGCGCCGAGUUAAGGAACUCACCCUGAGUUCCAACCAGAUCACCCAGCUGGCCAACACCACCUUCCGGCCCAUGCCCAACCUGCGCAGCGUGGACCUCUCGUACAACAAGCUGCAGGCGCUGGCGCCCGACCUCUUCCACGGGCUGCGGAAGCUCACCACGCUGCACAUGCGGGCCAACGCCAUCCAGUUCGUGCCCGUGCGCAUCUUCCAGGACUGCCGCAGCCUCAAGUUUCUCGACAUCGGAUACAAUCAGCUCAAGAGUCUGGCGCGCAACUCUUUCGCCGGCUUGUUCAAGCUCACCGAGCUGCACCUGGAGCACAACGAUUUGGUCAAGGUGAAUUUCGCCCACUUCCCGCGCCUCAUCUCCCUGCACUCUCUCUGCCUGAGGAGGAACAAGGUGGCCAUUGUGGUCAGCUCUCUGGACUGGGUGUGGAACCUGGAGAAAAUGGACCUGUCGGGCAACGAGAUCGAGUACAUGGAGCCCCACGUGUUCGAGACCGUGCCGCACCUCCAGUCCCUGCAGCUGGACUCCAACCGCCUCACCUACGUCGAGCCCCGGAUCCUCAACUCCUGGAAGUCACUGACUAGCAUCACCCUGGCCGGGAACCUCUGGGACUGUGGGCGCAACGUGUGCGCCCUGGCCUCCUGGCUCAGCAACUUCCAGGGGCGCUACGAUGGCAACUUGCAGUGCGCCAGCCCCGAGUACGCGCAGGGCGAGGACGUCCUGGACGCCGUGUACGCGUUCCACCUGUGCGAGGAGGGAGCUGAGCCCACCAGCGGCCACCUGCUCUCGGCCGUCACCAACCGCAGCGACCUGGGGUCCCCCGCCGGCCCGGCCACCACACUCGCUGACGACAGGGAGGGGCAGCCCGACAGCACGCCCGAGCCUGUCACCGUGGCUCUCCCCGGCGAACACGCCGAGAAUGCCGUGCAGAUCCACAAGGUGGUCACCGGCACCAUGGCCCUCAUUUUCUCCUUCCUUAUUGUGGUCUUGGUGCUUUAUGUCUCCUGGAAGUGUUUCCCAGCCAGCCUCAGGCAGCUCAGACAGUGCUUUGUCACGCAGCGCAGGAAGCAAAAGCAGAAACAGACCAUGCAUCAGAUGGCUGCCAUGUCUGCCCAGGAAUACUACGUUGAUUACAAACCGAACCACAUUGAGGGAGCCCUGGUCAUCAUCAACGAGUAUGGCUCGUGUACCUGCCACCAGCAGCCCGCGAGAGAAUGCGAGGUGUGA